AUGGCUGAGCAGCUGGUUCUUCGCGGCACCCUUGAGGGCCACAAUGGCUGGGUUACUUCCCUCGCCACCUCCCUGGAGAACCCCAACAUGCUGCUGUCCGCUUCCCGCGACAAGACCCUGAUCAUCUGGAACCUUACCCGUGAUGAGCAGGCCUACGGUUACCCCAAGCGCAGCCUCGAGGGUCACUCGCACAUCGUCUCUGACUGUGUGAUCUCCUCCGACGGUGCCUACGCUCUGUCCGCCUCGUGGGAUAAGUCUCUCCGUCUCUGGGAGCUCUCCACCGGUAACACCACCCGCACUUUCGUCGGCCACACCAACGAUGUUCUGUCCGUCUCGUUCUCCGCCGACAACCGUCAGAUCGUCUCCGGUUCCCGUGACCGCUCCAUCAAGCUGUGGAACACCCUCGGUGACUGCAAGUUCACCAUCACCGACAAGGGCCACACCGAGUGGGUGUCCUGCGUUCGCUUCAGCCCCAACCCCCAGAACCCCGUCAUUGUCUCCGCUGGCUGGGACAAGCUCGUCAAGGUUUGGGAGCUCGCUUCCUGCCGUCUCCAGACCGACCACAUCGGUCACACCGGAUACAUCAACACCGUCACUAUCUCCCCCGACGGAUCCCUCUGCGCCUCUGGUGGCAAGGACGGUACCACCAUGCUCUGGGACCUUAACGAGUCCAAGCACCUCUACUCCCUCUCCGCUGGCGAUGAGAUCCACGCUCUCGUCUUCUCCCCCAACCGCUACUGGCUCUGCGCUGCCACCAGCAGCUCCAUCACCAUCUUCGACCUCGAGAAGAAGAGCAAGGUUGAUGAGCUCAAGCCUGAGUUCGUUGAGAAGGGCAAGAAGAGCCGUGACCCCGAGUGCAUCAGCUUGGCCUGGUCCGCUGACGGCCAGACCCUGUUCGCCGGUUACACCGACAACAAGAUCCGUGCCUGGGGUGUUAUGUCGCGCGCAUAG